AUGCAGCAUCAGUCGUCAGAUUAUAGCUUCGGUGAUAUAGUGUUGGACGACUCGCUGCUCCAAGAUCUGAUGCAGAUGCCUUCGCCCAUGGCUCACGAUAUACAAGCGGCGCCUGCCGACCAUGUGCAGCAAGUCCAGGCUCUGGCGCCGGCCGUCCAACACCACCACCAACAGAUGCCGGCCGAGUCGUCACCUCAAGGCUUCCACAACCAAAUGCUAGGUGAGUCGUCGGCUCGACGCUUCCACGCUCAUGUGCCAGACCCGGCGUCCACUUGCGGCUCCAGUCGGACGCCGAUGCCGGCAUGCCAGCAAGACAUCCUUAGCCCUCGUUCCUCCGGCUGCUCCUCCAUGGUGCACGAGUACUUGAUGCAAAAUGACCAAGUUGAUAUUGCCGAGGCGCCCCUCAUGAGCGACAGCGGCAGCAACGGUGUCCCAAGCGCGGGCUUAAUGGAGGAUGAAGAAGGUUUCGUGCCGCUUGUGCCUGGGCGACUACAAUGUAGCCAAUGCCAUCUUGUUCGGCAGAUCAGGUUCCAAUGUGAGAUUCCACUUGUUCACAUCUUUCUCCACAGUGCGACGCACACAAGCUUCGAGGAUGCUAUCCGUAAUCACAAUGUGUCCACGCGAGGAACCUUUGAGCAUGCUAUCCUUGAUCGCCAUCACUUUACUGUCGGCGGACAAGUCCCUAGAGCCGAACGGAUGUACAUUGAUUUCCGUAGGCACACAGGUGAGUUUGUGCUCAACUUUCUUGCAAACAUUGUGGAUGCACUAAGGAGGGAAAAGGGGGGCACCCUAGAGGACACCUCUGAAACUGUCCAGAGAGCGCCGGCCAGAUCCAAUAUCAUCCCAGGUCCGGCACUUCGAAACGACACAGUGCAGCAAGUGGAAACUACAAUGCUGAACAUGAUCAUAAACUCCACUGCUGUAAAUGCAGAAGCAGCGCAGCCGGCACCACCGCCUCCUGCUGCUGAACCGGAGCUGGCCAUUGAGGCAACUGCAAACACCGCGCAUGAAAUACUAACGCCUACUAAUAUUUUCGACUCUUCCGGUGUCGUUCCGGAAGAGCAGCCCAUUAGUGAGGCUGCUAAGCUGCAACAAGAGGCGGCGGCGAGGUUGAGCGAGGAGCAGGAGGAGGAGGAGGAGAUGCGGCAGUACCUGCACGAGAUGAUGGUGAAGGCUCGGAGGGAACUGGACAUGCCAUACGGCCCGGUACAGAAGUUUUGCCGUGGCAAUACCUACACCUGGAUGUGGCGCCGGAUUAGUACCCUCAACAGGAGGAUCAUAAACUUUGAGGAGAAAUCAUUGAAUGUUACACUAAAUGGACUGUUGACAAUCAAGACGGAGGUCGAUGAAGCAGUUGUUGAGAAAGAACGGCUCCUUGCUGAAAUCGUCAGGGGUAUGAAGAAGCAGAGGGAGAGCUGGGGCAAAAAUGACAGGGAAGCUGGUACUUCCGGUACCAAGAAGGCUGGUGGCGCUUCGAACUAA